UUGGUGCUACAAUUAAACAGCACUGGAAACUUUCUUUUCCUUUGUUGUUGACAAAAACUGGGUCCCUAGGUGGUUGUUAAUUUUUCCGGGUGGUUCCCAGGUGAAAACCACAUUUAACUUGGAGCCUGCUGGCUCCCUGUGGCAUUGAGCUAAAUUAUGACAGGAUAGAAAGGAUGGGCUAUGAAUCUCCUGUGCUAUUUUCCUUUUGGUUUCUUUCUUUUGUUGAUUGGUAGAGACUUAUCUUGUUGCAGAAUUACUAGAAGAAGCCAAAUCUGACCUUGGGAGGCAGGGGGCUGAAGUGGGAGGAGAGGGGAGAAGCAAGGUGAGGCUAUUUUUAGAACGAAUCCCCUCCAUCUGUCGGGGAAGUGCUGACUCACAGGUAUCCAGAGUAAAGUAAGCUGUUAAUCUUCUGUGAGGAGCAACCCAAGUGGUGGUUCCCCAUCCUCAGAAACUUAAUUACUGUUGAAAAUUAUCAGUUAUCUCCAUAAGGAGGAGGAGAGCAAGGAAGACCAGCAUAUGUUAACGGCAGCCUGUUGACCCAUCAGCUGACGCAAGGAAGCGUUCUUUUGACUUGGGCUGGAGUCGUUGCCACCUUUAUCGGGGUAAAUGAGGAAUGGGCUUGUGAUUAUGCUGACGUCCCAGCAUGCAUUUGGUAGACCUGUGGUUAACUCGUUCCCUCUCCAUGUGUCUCCUCCUACAAAGCUUUGUCCUCAUGAUACUGUGCUUUCAUUCAGCCAGUAUGUGUCCCAAAGGCUGCCUUUGUUCUUCCUCUGGAGGUUUAAAUGUCACCUGUAGCAAUGCGAACCUCAAGGAGAUCCCCAGAGAUCUUCCUCCCGAAACAGUCCUCCUUUACUUGGACUCCAACCAGAUAACGUCCAUCCCCAAUGAGAUUUUUAAGGACUUGCAUCAGCUCCGCGUCCUCAAUUUGUCCAAAAACGGCAUCGAGUUUAUAGACGAGCAUGCCUUCAAGGGGGUGGCUGAGACCCUGCAGACGCUGGACCUAUCCGACAACCGCAUUCAGAGCGUUCACAAAAAUGCUUUCAACAACCUGAAGGCCAGGGCCAGGAUCGCCAACAAUCCCUGGCACUGUGACUGUACUUUACAGCAGGUCCUGAAAAGCAUGGCGUCUAACCAUGAGACAGCUAACAAUGUCAUCUGUAAGACUUCCGUGCUGGACGAACAUGCCGGGAGGCCUUUCCUUAAUGCUGCCAACGAUGCUGACCUCUGUAAUCUUCCCAAAAAGACUACCGACUAUGCCAUGCUGGUCACCAUGUUUGGCUGGUUCACCAUGGUGAUAUCCUACGUGGUAUAUUACGUACGGCAGAAUCAGGAGGAUGCCAGGAGGCACCUAGAAUACUUGAAAUCCCUGCCAAGCAGGCAAAAGAAAGCAGAUGAAGCCGAUGACAUUAGCACUGUGGUAUAGUAUUGGGAAUGACUAACUUUGACAUGGAAAUUAGUUUUGGGUUGCAUUAAACCAAGUGGUUUACUUCCAUUGUAUACAUUUAAGAACUUUGCAUUUCAGUUUAAUUGAAUAAUGCCACUGUUGGACUUUAAAUUAAAAAAACAAACAAACAAACAUUAAAAUGAUUUUAGUUUGGGUGGCCUACACCAUAAUUUUUCCUCUGGUGGUAUAUUCCUAAGUAAGCUACUAUGUAAACAUUAGUUAGAUUCAUUUCACUAUUUAAUAAUGAAAUUUAUUUUUUUAAUUUAAAACCAAAUAAAAGCCUAACUUUGAACCAUGUAAAACAGAGUAAUUUAUUGGACAGGGAUCAAUGCUAUGGAUUCACCUGCCUUUUCUAUACUCAGAGUUGACUUUUACGGGCCAAAAACUCUAUCAUAAUAAAAGAUGCAUUAAUACACCUUUCUGUAAAUCGGGGAGCUGUACCUGAGGCAUCUACUGAAUAAAGA